UGUUGGUUAUCCCUGAUUAACCACGAAUCAACACUUACUCCAAUGGCAACAAAUUAUGGGAUGUAUAAAUGUGACCUGGUAAAUAAGCAUAUUUAAUACAUCAUCAAUAUUGAAAUAUAUAAACAAGAAUCCAUUACGUUUUCCAGCUGUCGUUUUCACCUAAGGACUUUUGUUACGAAUGACAUAUUAUUGCGUUACUCUAACAAUAGAGGGCACUUUCACGUGAUAACUUCAUGGAUUUCAUCAUCGGUAUCAUAGCAGACUACCUGAUGCAACAGUUCAUUGAUUCCGAAAUCGAUAGUAAAAUCAAAUCGUUUAAGUUAAAUAAUCACAUUUAAGCGUUAAUAAAGAGGCAUUAUUUUUUAUAAAAUUGGAAAUAGAAAGAGAAAUACCAUUUUCAGUGAACCUAAUUUCAUAAUGUUUCAUAAACAAAAUGAGUAAAUAUGUAUUGGAAUUACAGAAGACCCUACAGGAAAUCGAACAUGCCAAAUUGUCACACUCAAUCGACCAAUCAGAGCAUUCUUUACACGCUUAUUUGAUUUUUGUGUUUGCUAUAGCAAUGCAUACUGAGGACUAUGCCUUAAUUAUGUUAUAUAUAGUAGUGCGUCCGUUAUUACUACAUUUACAUUGCUUUAGCAGAAAAAGACUGAUCCCAAGCUUCGUGCUUUAUUAUUAAUUAUGUACACUAACAAUGAUAAUCACAAAGAUGAAGUCGAUUGGCUUGACUGUAUCUCAGCCAUCGAGACAGGUCGAGGAACCAUUUUCUUCUGCGACCGUGAUAUCCUGCCAUUGCGACGGGAUCUUCAAGUUAUUGGUGACUUCGGCAAGAGCAGAAAGUUGAUGAGAAAUGUAGUUAUGUACUCCAUCACAGCCUACAACCCUAUGAACAAACAAAUAGAGGUUGUAGAAAAUGUUAAACGCAACACGCUUCUCGUGGAAGAAAUUCGUCUCAGAUUGCCAGGCUGUGCAAUUUUGAACAAUUAUUCAUUUUUUCCAAGUCGACCGAAACAUUUUGAAAGAGGAUUCACAGUUGUUCUACCGUUGAAUUAUCCGAUCAGAGACCACAAUGAGAUUGUAUGUGCAUUGGCGGUCAAAUAUCGUCAGGCAGCUUACUUUCGCUGUGUGGUAUUCAAUGAUGGGAAUGUGGAACAAAAGUUAAUAUUGAUGAUUGACAAUAAGCCCAAAGAAGUGGACGAGCAACUGAUGAUCAUUGAGAGAGUGAACUACCACCCGGCGUUUAUGCACCACACGAAUCACUCUGUGUUCCAUGACUACAGAAUUGCUCUAGAUAUUCUGUCACGCUGGCGAUCUUGCUCUGCCGUAGAUGAAUUAUUGUCAGUUGUGUCUUCAAUUGGUAGAAAUGAUGUCAAAACUGUUUUUAACAACCAAAAGAUGCCUCCUAUCAUUGUGAUAGAAGGACCUAAAUUGAAAGGGAUGGAGUCGGUGUGCAGUCGGCUGAGUUCUUCAUUGGGGGCAACAUACUUACGUUCUGUUCCUGUUUGUAUUCGACACAUGAAGAAAGUUUUCGACUCUCAACCCCAGUUAAUACGAGGGGCAUUUUAUGCGAUUAGUAAUUAUAUACUGGGACAGGAACUAUUUACGCAUCCCCAGACCUUGCCCGUUCUUGUAGAUAGGUAUUGGAAUAGCACAGUUGCACAUGGUAUCGUCAACGAAGUAGGAGAUGGUAUCUUAUCAUCACAUUAA